GACUGAAUAAGCCCCAUAUGUGGCGGAUGACUUGAUGACAUGCCUUCAUUAAAGACCGUCUUGUUUUGUCUGUUUAACAAAGCGCUCUGCAAGAAUGACCAAUUUCUCUCCAUCUGCUGGAUCUUUGUCUUUUCCAUCAGAUCAACAAAGAGACGAAUUUCAGUAUAUGACGACAUUUGGCUUAAUUGAUGAUGAAGGUGUUGAGAGGAAGGAUAAUCAAAUGGUGAAUAAAGAUGGAAUGGAAAAGGCACAAAGGGAGAUGACAGCCAGUCUGCCAGACACGGAACUUUCACAAAGCACUAUCCGUGUGCCAAGUGGAAAGCAGCCUACUAAAAUUCGGACGCUGUUGAACAGCCUCAAGAGGAUUCACAUCUUGCAGGGAGUCGAAAAGUCAUGCCCAAAUGUUGAUCAAGCGUCUCCCGUGCCUGUAGUGAACAAGUCCAAUAAUUUCGCAGACACGAGUCCAAGCACAGGUACCAGUGACAAACAAAAACAGCCACCAGUAUUUGCCUCAGAUCAAUCAAGAUUUGUAAAUAGCACUGGAAAGUGGGCUGUUCGCACACCAAAGAUUGUAGCGGACCCCACCGUCAUCCCAACAGAGCAUACAGCAACCCAACGUCCCUUCUUCAAGGAUUGCUCUGUAGAACAGAAAACGCAUGGAGUAGAAGACUCGGAAGAUGGGGAAGCUGAAAAUGCGAGUGGUGAUAACCAUACGAAUAGAGGAGCAGAUGCAAGUACAAAAGAUACGCACGUGUGUGAUGACGAUCGUCAAGUAACUUCAGAUCAAGAUACGCAAACAAUCCCCAGUUUGGACGCGCAAGCUGAAGCCUUUGACAAGCACGAUGAUGCAUCACAGGCCUCUCGUGUGGCCAAAUUCCGCAUCCUCGCACUUGUGUCUCAACUACUCCACGUCCGUCGCCUAUGGUCGGCGCUACGAUUAGAGAUUCCCCUUCAUUUAGCGCGAAAGACUGGAUCGUUUGCGCGGCAAACCCUUGAACAUAAUUCAGAUUCUGAACCUGCUAGCGUGAGCAAAGCCUCGCAACAAGAACCUGCCCAGCUGACAUCUUUAGAACAGAGCCUAGCAAUCCAACGCUCACUCCAGAGCCUUCAGUCCCAAUUAGACGCCACGCAAACCUCUCUGGGAGCAUUAGACCAAUCCACGCAAAACCGACACUCAAAUAUGGUGUCAGCACUCGAACGUCUGCAGACGAUGUUAAACAAUUUACAAAAUAUUGUCGAAAAGCGUCAUUCAGAUUUGGACACUGUACUCAGUGACCAAAUAGCAAAGACCAACAAACGCAUUGAUCAGAAUGUGAUGAGAGCGGAAGCUCUCGCAAAUCGUAUCACGGCCAUACGAGAUUCUAUUGAAGAUGGACUGGAUCGGAUGGUCAUGAAGAGACGACAUGAAAGUGAAAUGGAUGAAAUUGAGGAAAGGAAAAGGCAUAAAUGUAAAGCAGUAAAUGGAUGGGCCGUGGGCUGUGGAGCGGGGGUCGGUGCAAUGAUAGGAUAUGUGAUAGGAUUGGGAACAUGAGAUUUUAGCUCUGAGCA